GCGCAGGCGCACUCGGCUCGCUCACACUGGCCUGCGCGCAGGCGCCCACGCACUCGGCCGGCUUGCGCUGUAAACCCCGGGGCUGAUGCGAGCCGCUUCUGCUUCCGGGUCACGCCUUGACAGCGGCUUCCCGGACCGAUCUGACCCGCGGUUCGGUGAGUGCGGCCGUGAGUGCGGGACGGUGUUGAAGCCAGCCCCCCUCCCCACCCCCAAGUCGGUGCUUCGCAGCCUGUGAACGCCCCUUAGCCGCCUGCCCGGCCUCUGUGCCUCCGGACCCGGCCACCGUUCCCGGCCUUUGCGGGUGGUGGGGGCGGGGGCUGGUCGGCGCCCCGGGGUGCAGGCUGAGACUCCCGGGACUCGCCCGGAUUGCUGUGAGCGCCCGGGGGUCCCUGCCGCAAGGGACGCAGCAGCCCUGGCCUUUGCUGCCCUGGCCCCCGCCCCUCUCCGUCCGUCUGUCCGUCCAGACCCGGCAGCUGCGAACCUCCAGCUGUCCGCGUCCUGGGAUUGGGAGCCUCCGGCCAGGCCAAGGGUCACCGCGGGGGCGAGGCCGACGCCGGCCCUGAGCAGGGCAGUUUGGAGCAUGUGAACACACUCUGAGCCUUGAUGAGUUCCAGCAUGUGGUAUAUUAUGCAGAGCAUUCAGAGCAAAUACUCCCUCUCCGAACGCCUGAUCCGAACCAUCGCUGCCAUCCGCUCCUUCCCACAUGACAACGUAGAGGACCUCAUCAGAGGGGGAGCAGAUGUGAACUGCACGCACGGCACACUGAAGCCCCUCCACUGUGCCUGCAUGGUGUCCGACGCCGACUGCGUAGAGCUCCUCCUGGAGAAGGGAGCAGAGGUCAAUGCCCUGGAUGGUUACAACCGAACGGCCCUCCACUAUGCAGCAGAGAAAGAUGAGGCUUGUGUGGAGGUCCUACUGGAGUAUGGGGCAAACCCCAAUGCACUGGACGGCAACAGAGACACCCCGCUUCAUUGGGCAGCCUUUAAGAACAAUGCUGAGUGUGUGCGGGCUCUCCUGGAGAGCGGGGCCUCCGUCAAUGCCCUGGAUUACAACAACGAUACGCCGCUCAGCUGGGCUGCCAUGAAGGGAAAUCUUGAGAGUGUCAGCAUCCUUCUUGAUUAUGGUGCUGAGGUCAGAGUCAUCAACUUAAAAGGCCAGACACCCAUCUCCCGCCUGGUGGCUCUGCUAGUGAGAGGACUUGGAACAGAAAAAGAAGACUCCUGCUUUGAGCUCCUCCAUAGAGCUGUUGGACAGUUUGAAUUAAGGAAAAACGGCAUCAUGCCCCGAGAAGUGACCAAAGACCAGCAGCUGUGUGAAAAACUGACUGUGUUGUGCUCAGCACCAGGGACGCUUAAAACCCUCGCCCGCUAUGCUGUGCGCCGUAGCCUCGGUCUCCAGUACCUGCCCGACGCAGUGAAGGGUCUCCCACUGCCAGUGUCUUUGAAGGACUACCUGUUACUCUUGGAGUAGCUUGGAGGAGGCAUUGCUGCCGUCAUGCGGACGGCUUUGGGUGAGGCUUCCUUGCCAUCCUGUCUCUUUGUUGUCAACACAGAAAAGAAGGUGUUCCUGCUGUGUGGUUUAUAGAUUUGAGGCAACACAUAACAGUGACUUAUGCAUCGCCUCCCCUCCCAUCCCAAGCAACCAAACCAAAACCAUUUACCUCACUUGUUUGCCGUGUUAUUGCUUAGUUGCUUUUUUAUAUUCAGCCCUGCAAAAGAAGUCUUCCCCGGAUCCCUUAGGCACUUCAGUCACCAGUGUAACCCAUUUCCUAGGAAGAUGUCACGUUCUCAGAGUGCACAGUUCCCUUUGGGGCCGUGCUGUAGCACGGUGACAGAGUUCCUUCUGAAAAGUUCUAGUUGAUAUGACAGCUAACAAAUGAACCCCCAGUUAACAAGAAUUAUGCUCCAAGGAUGAGUGCUUGAACUUCAGGUGCUGUGUAGACACAGAAUUUGGCAUUCAGGAGCACUUCCAUAUGGUACCCAGGGGCUAGUCAUCCAGUAGGUGGGACUUCACCCGGAUAUCUGGCUGUUCCCCUUAAAAAGAAACACUACUUCCCAGCAGUCCCAGAACUGCCAGGCCAUCCUUCUAAUGUGGCUCUUUCCCUGAAAAGUCCUGUCACUAAUGAGCUGAGCGAGCAUCCCAGCAUCCCCGCACCUCGGAUGAAGGUCUCUCUAGUAGGGGUGGGGGCCAUUGGGCCUCACUGCCCUGUCCACAGAGCUUCAUUCCUUACGAGUUUGCAUUUUGGUUUUGUUUGUUUGUUUGUUUUUGUUUUUGUUUUUUUCCUACUCUCUUGGAACCUUUGCUUUUUUAUUGAGCUGUAGAAGAUGGUGGGGUAAGUGGGGCUGGGGACAGAAUACAAAAGAGGUUCUUUGGAACUGGCCUUGCCUACCCUAAAAAGACCCAUUUCUGUGAACAAAGCUCCUCUUUUUGUGUCCUUAAACUAGAUGAAGUUGAUUUUGACCUUAAGUGAUCUGUAUGCAAGUUGGAAAGCACUUUUUAAAAAGCUGGCUGGAGACUACACCCAAAUGAAUAGGACCUUCUGACGCAGCUAACUCAAAAACGUGUGCCUGCUUUUGUUCUUUCUGUUGCUGGGAUUUGCCCAUUUGAAAAAAGAAUAAAUAAAUAAUUCUAAAAGCAAA